AAUAGAGGCGCUGUGGGUUAUUUAUUUCGCUGUCUUGGUAUUUAAUGCUAAAACCGGCCGUUUUAGUAAGACGUUCUGAAGAGCUUCUCCUUUAACGAAUAUAAAUACCCAGAGAGAGCUAUUUUGACUUUUAUGACUGCCUUAGGACCAAGACAAAGGGGCUGUCUUUUGUUCUCAGUUGGAGCGAUAAAGGAAAAGGAGUACGCUUUUAGACUAAUAAAAGGAGUGGAGACUGGAGCUUGGUUCACUUAGUUGAUGAUAUGUACUAAUGUAUGAUUGCUCAAAAUGAUGUAAGAAGCUGAUGUAACUUAAGGACAGCCACCCAACUUUUGUAGACAAUGAAACUUGAUAAUGAGCAAAUGCGUGGUCAUUCAACACUUUUGUUUAAGCCUGUUUGCAAAUCUCUUAUCAAUCCUUUGAAGAUGGAGGAGUUGAAAUUGGAAAAGGAGAUCUUAACUGAAGACCAACACAGAAUGACAUCCGGUAUAAAGAGCCAAAACUGUGAGAAGGUAGAUCCAUUAGUAACCGAGGACAACAGUGACGAUAGAGUGGGAAACAAACCAAAAUUACUCAAUUUCGUUGAUAGGGAUGAUAUAAUAAAUAGGAGAGGAAACAAGAUGGAAGACUGUGAGAUACUCUGCACAAUUCCGUCAACUGAAGUGGAAUUGUCUGAGAAAGGAGAAUGUUAUACUGACAAGAGUGUUAUGGACUGCGAAGUGCCAGAGCAAAUUGCAUGUUUCAAGGUGGAUGCUUGUCAUGUGGUUAAGGAUAUCUGUGUUGAUGAGGAAGUUCCUUUCCUGGACAAGGUUUUAAUAGAACUUGGUGAAGUGGAUCUUAAACGCAGGUUUCAGCCUUCUUAUUUGAAUUUUACUGAUGCGAGCAGAAAAUCAGUUGACUCCCCAUCACUCAUUUCAGAUGGGAUGAAGUCUGUCGUUGGACAUUAUCACAAUAUGGAUAUCUCCGGUCAAUGUGGUUCUCAGAACUUGACACACGAAAGUGAUGAAAAUAUUCACCCUGAAGAUGACAUUACACACAAUGAAAUGAAUUCAGUGGAUGAACAUAUUCAUGAUGAGAAUGUUUCCAUCCAAUAUUGUUCUAAGAAUCAAUUGCAAAAAGGAGAGGCAAAUAUUGACGCCAAAGAUGAGAUCCCACACUGCAUCCCUGAUAAGAGGGUAGUUCCUGAAAAUUUGCUUUUGUUUCAUAAUUGGGAGAAAGAGAACUGCCACCUUGAUUCAUACCCAUUUAAGAGUGAUAAAGGCCAGCAACAUUCUGAGCAAGAACAACUCUGCAGUGUUGAGAAUUUGUUGCAUAAAAAUGAAGGAAAGAUUGAUGAAAAUGAGGAUAUUACCAAAGGCGUCUCUGAUGAUGUUCUUCCUCUAAAUGUGCCUUUGUUGCAAAAGCCUGGAAUUGAAAAUUCUCGCCCUGCGUCGUCCAAUUUUAACGGCAAUGAAGAUGAACAACAAUCUGAUCAGGAUACAAGUAACGAGCUCAUCACAUCGUACUCUGUUGUGUGUUUUGCGGCUGGACAACCCAGCAACAGCAACCGCGUCGACAGGCCUCCCUUUGAUUCUAAGGUAGAGAGGGGAAGCAUCACUUUCAAUUUUGACUCUCCAAUAACAAGCAGUAAAGAGGAGAGCCCAUAUAAUGCUAAUGACCAACGUCUUCAACCUCUACCUGGGGGACUUGAAGAUGGAACAGUGGAUAGUCUAACAACUUCCAGCCGUAGCUUUUUUAUUCAAGAUGGUCACGGAGAGUCGAGUUUCUCAGCAGUGGGUCGUGUCUCAGGUCCAAUAUCAUACUCAGGCCCAAUAUCACACUCAGGGCCAGUACCAUAUUCUGGUAGCAUUUCUCUCCGUUCAGAUAGUAGCACAACCAGCACCCGUUCCUUUGCUUUCCCAGUGCUACAUGCAGAAUCAAAUGGCAGCCCAGCUAAAAUGGCAAAAGCUGAUCGGAGACGUUUCCAAAAGCACCGGGGUUGGAGGCAGAAGCUUCUUUGCUGUAGAUUCUGACUUCUCCUCAUCCACUUAGUUAAGCUCAAAUAUACAUCAUCUAAAUGUUACUCAUAAUAUCUUUCAUCCUUUGUACCCAAGCUUGGUGUGUUUGUGCAGUGGGUUCCAAUUAUAGUUCUUUGAGUUAUAGCAUGAGGUGUGCAAAUUGAGAUGUAAGCAACCUUUAUUGAUACCAUUGUCAUAGUCAUCGUAUAUAUAUCAAAUUAAUUUUUUUU